AUGACUCCAGUAUACCUUAUGGACGACUACAGCGACGAAAGCAAAUUCCAGAAAUGGGUGGCUGACCAAAUCGAAAAUGAUCAUUCAAGCUACAAUUCCCACGACACCCACACAUACUGGUUGAACGGAAAGCAAUGGAAGUUGACCAUCAUCCACUUGCGUGAGCUUCCUCUAACUGACGACAUUUCUUCAAUUGAAAAAGCCAGAAAAGCAGAAGGAAUCAUGGAUUUUGGGCAAGGACCCAAUUUAGAGGAUGGAAAAACCCGGGUCCUCUUUUCUAUCAUUCGUUCGAGGCAGCUUCUCAUGGAACCUUGUCCAGAUAAAUAUGAGAACACUGGUGUGUGGGAAAUGAAGUGUCUUCAUACAAUGGACGAGAGAGUUCCUCUUGAAUUUGGCGUAACACAAUCAAUCGAUAAAAAGGGACUUUUACUUGAACAGAAUUCUGGAGAUAGUGAGCCUGUGUUUCUAAAAGUAGAAGCCCAGUACUACACCCCGAGCCAGUUUAGCUCUACAAGACACUCCAAUGUUGUUUCAUCUGGUGCUUUGCUAUCAAGCUUUCUUGACCUUCAAUUGGAACAAACUAAUGCUUUUUUUUGUCGCUGCCGAGGAAAAGUUUCACUCACCCAUAUUCUUAUCAAAUUGCAUGAGACCACGAGGUGUAUUGUACCACACAGAGAGGGUUAUGGUAUUCAGGAGGAUACUAGAUCGACGACGUUGAAAGACUGCAAUUUCACAAAUUGUUGUUUGGAUCAUUCGACAUUCACAAGUCAGGGAGCUGCGUUCAUCAAGUACAUGGCUUUGAACGAAUACAACUGCAACCUUCCAAACGUCGGUCCAACGUUUCAUUCGCAAAACUGCUCCAGAACAUAUGCUCUUGAGAUUCAAUUAUCAUUUAGCUGCGAUUCAGAAUAUAGCUGCUCCCUGGUUUUUUCCCUGCUUAUGGAUAUUGAUGUUGCAUUCAAGGACCACAACACCGACUUGAAAGCGCCGGCACAGGUUCAAAAAAGGCUGGAAUACUUGUCAGUGCAAGUGUUGAAAUUGUCUUCAAACAUAAUGAAUGACGUUGCAGGCAUUAUGGCAAAGCAGCUUCAAAGUAUGGAUUCCAGGUGCUUGGGGUAUCAUACAUGCUCCAUAGCCAAGGGAGAAUAUGCUCUUGUCAUCACGACAAUUUUUCUUCCUGAUAAACUCAAAAAGCAAAUUUUUGACAUAACCUGGCCCAGAGGCAAGCAAGUGGCUUUUUCUGAUGACGAGCCUCGUCUAGUGCUCUCAAACGGCAGAUGGAAAUUCGAGGGACCGAUUCAUGAAAACAUUGACGGGUUGAUUCUGUCGCCGUUUUUGGCAGUUUCUAGAGCUAGUAAGCUCGGUUGUGGAAUUUGUACUUCGAAGUACUGGCUGACAUGUACAAGAGUUCCUGGGGGACGAGCCUUUCCUGGAGAGGAUCUCUACAAUUUGAUCGAGGUCUAUGUUCAUGGAAACACGAACUUUAAUAAAAUCUGUUUCAAGAGAAUCAGAGUCGAUCUUAUCCAACACACAACACAAAGGACUGUCGACGGAUCCCAGGCUCAAAAGAAGAAGAGCAUCAAUUUGUGCAAAAAACGCAUCAAGUUGUGGAGGAGUUCGCAUGGGAAGCUGGAUAAUACAACGGGUAAAUUUUUGAGACUCGACAACGCUUUGCUCAAUUGCAGAAUUCCAGAUGUUCCUCCUUCGUUACUAUCUAGUUCUGUCCAUAUAACCUACAGUGUGAAAAUCCAUAUCCUGUUCUUUGAGUGGAAUCCCGAAAUGGUCAAAGAAUUGACACGUUUUGUGGAACUUCCUAUCAACCAAAAGGAGAGAUGA